CGAUGAUUUCAUGUCCGACGUGUUGGUAUAAAAUUAGCCAGCCAGGAGAAUAACCUCAUCCUGUCACCUUUCUUUCCUCAAUGAAUUUGCUUCUUAAGCGUCUCCCUUCCACCGCUCGCUUAGCUCCGUCUUACCGAGCCUUGGCCAUCCCUACCUACUCACGUUUUUUGAGUACUCAUGCCACUCAGUCUGCCUGUGACCCUGAUGAGCCUCACUUCCUGCAGUCUGUAGAAAUGUAUUACGAUGACGCUGCGCGACUUAGCAACGUCAACCCUGGUACACUUGGCCAUAUCAAGGCUGUUGACAGCUUAUUGAGAGUUACUUUCCCUAUUGAGACGUCUGACGGCAAGACUGAUAUCAUUGAAGGUUACCGUGCUCAACAUUCACGUCAUCGCCUUCCCGUCAAGGGUGGUAUCCGGUUUAGUGACGAAGUCGACCUCCAAGAAGUUGAAGCUUUGGCAGCCCUCAUGACCUUCAAGUGUGCUGUUGUGGAUGUUCCUUUCGGAGGCGCAAAGGGUGGUAUCAAGAUUGACCCUAAGAAGUAUACAACUGAACAGCUUGAACGUAUUACCCGUCGUUAUACCAUGGAGCUCUGCCAAAAGAAAUUUAUUGGACCAGGCGUUGAUGUUCCUGCUCCUGAUGUCGGUACUGGCCCUCGUGAAAUGAGUUGGAUUAUGGAUACCUAUAGACAAUUCAACGCAAGUGACGUGAAUGCUGCCGGUUGCGUUACUGGAAAGCCUAUUGCACAAGGAGGCGUCCGAGGAAGAAACGAGGCUACUGGUCUUGGCGUUUUCUAUGGUAUCCGAGAAUUCUUGAAGUACCCUGAAAUCCAGAAGAAGACUGGCCUCAAAGGAACCGUAGACGGAGUGAGUGUUGUCGUUCAAGGCUUCGGUAAUGUCGGUUACUUCGCUGCCAAGUUCUUUGAAAACAAUGGUGCUAAGGUCAUUGGUGUUGGCGAACGUGACUGCUCUAUUUAUGACCCCAAGGGUUUGGACGUUGAGGCGCUCUUCCAAUUCCGCAAGGAUAAUGGCACAUUCCGCGGCUACUCUGCCUCAGCCACUAUUAUCGAUGAGCCUGCAAAGAUCCUCGAGGUUGAAUGCGAUAUCCUCAUUCCUGCUGCUUUGGAACGUCAAAUCGGUCUUCGCAACGUCGACAAGAUCAAGGCUAAGUUGAUUGGUGAGGCUGCCAAUGGUCCCAUUACACCUGGCGCUCACAGAAAGUUGGAAGCACGCGGUAUCCCUGUCAUUCCUGAUCUUUUGUUGAACGCUGGUGGUGUCACCGUCUCUUACUUUGAAUGGUUGAAGAAUUUGUCUCACGUUCGUUUUGGUCGUAUGAACAAGAAAUGGGACGAAUUGAGCAAGACCAAGCUCGUCUCUCUCGUUGAGGAGAGCGCUGGCCGCAGUCUCACUGAAGCUGAGCGCAAGCAAAUUGUUCACGGUGCUGAAGAGGCCGAUCUUAUCUACUCUGGUCUUGAAGAUACUAUGCACGAAGCUUGCAAAGAGACCCGAACCACUGCCAACCUCAAGAACAUUGAUUACCGAACUGCUGCCUUCGUUAACGCCAUCCAAAAGAUUGCAACUGUCUAUGAAGGCACUGGCAUGAUCUUCAUGACAUAAUAUGACCUGUACAAUUAUGAUUCUUUCUCUUCUUUUACAAUGAAAAUAUAAACAAACAAUCACGCCAUAACUUUUUCACUUUUUAAAUGCAAACUGGUUCAUCCUAAUUGACGUGUAAAAGUCACCGAUGUGAAUGUAUUUUUGUUAACUGUUGCUGUUCAUUUGUGGUUCAAAAAUCGGCCGAGACAAAAGCUAUCGGAUAUUUCAGUCACAAAAUGAUAGGAUUCCUCACCUUAUGGACUUUGUCAAUGAGAUACUG